AUGUCUAGCCAGCCCCUUGCCGAUUCCAGCCUCUCUUAUAGUAGUAGGGCGAUGGACCAGUAUGCUGCGUCGCUGCGCCAGGUUAUUCGCAGCCGACCGGAUGGGGAUUCCGAGCGUUCACGUCAUCUAUACGAGCUCAGCUGUCUGCUUCGGCAGCAUUAUCUCUCAAGAAAUGGAGAGGGCGAUCCUACAGAGGUUCUCUCGGUAGCCCGAGAAGCGGUGGAAGUUGUCCCCCAUGACAGCCCGGUGGCUGCAAAAUAUUUUAAUAGCCUAGGCCGCCUGUUGCGUCACAAGUUCCACUUCGAGGGAGACCCGAAAGACCUAGAUGAAGCCAUUCAAGUCUUUAGGCAGUCUGUUAAUUUGUCGAAAAACAAUGACCCGUCUUGGAUCCAAUGGUUGACGGAUCUUGGAAAUAGCAUCUACACUCGAUAUACACUCACAGGAUCACUUUCAGAUCUGGAAGAGACUAUCGAGUUGGCUAGACGAGCACUUGAUGACACGUCGGAGGAUGAUCCGGAUAUUAUAGACCUCGUGAUUGAUCUCAUGGUCAGGCUCCGGACACAAAGCGAACGAACAGGAUCAGUCUCUGCUUCAGAAGAGGCUAUUAUCAUGGCCCAAAAAACGCUCGAAUCUUCCCCAGAGGAUCACUCAUCCCGAAGUACAUUACUGCAUCUACUCGCAGGCAGUUUCUCUGACAGACAUGUCCUCACCGGUGCAAUAGACGACCUCAAUCAACACAUCGUGGUUUCGAGACAGGCCAUCGAUGCAACAUCGAUUGAUGAUCCCGAACGGGUGACACGACUUGCUGGCUUAGCUGUCGGCCUCAGAGAUAGACACAUAAGAACCGGGGCGCUAGGAGAUCUUCUAGAAGCUAUUAGAAUAGCAACAAUGGCGUUUGAAGAGACUCUUGAGGGGUCUGAUGUUUGGGCGACGCAUGCUUGCAAUCUAUCGGGAUACCUUCGAACAUUAUACCUCCGAACUGAUGAACAACUCGAUCUGGACACAGCAAUUGCAUUAGCUAAGGGCUCAGUACACGCGACACCGGUAGAGAGUGCCAUGAGGCAUAUGCGUCUGGGAAAUCUGACAGCCUGUCUCAUUGCUCGUUUCGAUAGCUCAGGCUCCUUAGAGGAUCUAGAUGAAUGUGUUCAGAUGGGAAAAGAGGCCAAAGACGCCACCCCCAAAGAGCACACCGAGUGGCCGGCACGACUACAUGAUUUGGGAGCCAUUAUGCAGAGAAGAUACCAGAUGACGGAAGACCUGGGAGAUCUCGACGAGGCUAUUGGUUUGACCCAGAAAGCACUGUUCGCUCUGGGGCCAAACCACCCACAGCAGGCCGAUACCAUGUCUCUGAUCGCACUGUUCUUUGCAAAGCGAUACGGGGAAACAGAGUCACCCGAAGAUCUUGAGCGAACAGAGUUCUUCUACAGAGCUGCUCUCUUUCAAACACAGUCACCAAUCGUGGCACGUAUUGAGGCCGGUAUGAAACUGAUUUCGGUAUGCAUGGUCCAGAAAAACAUGGAGCAGGCUUACGAGGACGCCAAGUAUGUCGUGGACCUCAUUCCGCAAAUGGCUGUGCGGUCACUCGAGACUUCCGACAAGCAGGAUCUUUUGCUUAAGAUAGGCGGGGUUUCGUCCGAGGCGGCCGGUCUAGCACUCCAUUUGGGUGAAGAUCCAUUGGUAGCGCUGAGCCUUCUAGAGAAGGGACGAGGCAUAUUUGCUCUAUCUCUGGAUGAGAUGCGUGCUGAUAUCAGAUCUCUGAAAGAGCAGUGUCCUGAUCUCGCCCGGAAGUUCAUUACACUUCGUGAACAGCUCUCGGCUUCCUCAGCCUCCGGAAGGACACUGAAUACCGAGGAUCCCGAAUGGAAUGUCGACGAGAGUCGGCGUCACGAGGCCGGCGACGAGUUUGAAAGAUUACUUGGAGAAAUUAGGCAGGAGGCGGGCUUCGAGGCCUUUCUACUACCUCCUUCAGAAGCCGCAAUCAAGUCGGCGGCAGAACGCGGCCCUAUUGUCAUUAUCAACACAAGUAUGCUUCGUUGCGAUGCGAUUUUGGUCGAGAGUCAUCAGAUCACAUCUGUGCCUUUGACUGACUUCAACCGGCGCGAAAUGAUUGAGUAUGUCAGAAACGGGACAUUCAAAAGCGACAAGGCCCUUCAAUGGCUAUGGGACUGCGUUGCAAGCCCUGUAUUGAGCACCUUGGGAUUUGACAAACCCCCUUCUGAGGGAGACUGGCCUCAUGUUUGGUGGAUUAUGACAGGACUUCUGAACAAGUUUCCCAUUCACGCUGCUGGCAACCACUUGAAAGGCUCUUCCGAAACCGUCAUCGAUAGAGUCAUCUCGUCUUAUCACGGUUCUAUACAGUCAAUCAUCCGUGGUAGAAAGCGACCUUCUUCGGCUGCGACCCAGACAAACGCACUGCUUGUCGCGAUGGAAGCCACUCCUGGGAGCUCAAAACUCCCUUUCGCAACCAGGGAAAUAGCAGCUAUCCGUGGCAUAUGCAAGCCAAUGUUCAUCGAACCAGAUGAGCCUGAACCAGCGAGGGACAAUAUUCUGUCUAGCUUGCUUGAAUGCGGGAUAUUUCACUUUGCAGGCCAUGCCCGCACGGAUCCCGAGGACCCAAUUGGAAGCUAUCUCUGUCUGGACGAAGAAAGAGAAAAGUGUCUAACUGUUUUGGACCUAUUGAACAUAAACCUACAUAGUCGCUCCCCCUUUCUUGCCUAUCUGUCAGCUUGUGGCACUGGACGUAUCGAGAAUAAUCACCUAGCGGAUGAAGGAAUCCACCUCAUCAAUGGGUUCCACACAGCUGGAUUUCGCCAUGUCAUCGGGACUUUAUGGGAAGUCAAAGAUGAGAUCUGUGUAGAUAUGGCCAGGAUUACUUACGAAGGAAUGGUGCAGAAUGGCAUGACGGAUGAAGCAGUCUCUCGUGGGCUUCAUGAAGCUUCUAGAGAGCUCCGAGACCGCUGGUUGACAUUGGCUGGGACUGAUCACCGGACAAUUGGGAUUUCACAGGUUGGAACUAUCAGAAGUGAGAGAGGCGAUGUAGAGGAACUUGAAGGAACAGCUCUUGACGGAUUCUCGAGGGAUGUUUUGACUUGCGACGAGGAGCCUAUGUAUCCGCCAUAG